ACGUCCCAGCGUCCGGAAAAUUUUGUCCAAAAGUUUUCUCGCGAAACUUGUCCAGAUGCAUGCGCGCUGAGUUACCUUACUCAGUAAUACGUUUCUAUGGCUCAUUCUUACUUUCGUUUAAGUCGUCAUUAUAUAAUAAUAAUAAUUCAAAUAUUAAGCACUUAAUCGUACUUUAAAAUUACGUACAUAUAUAUAUCAAAAUCAUAUAUUACAUAUACGUAUACUUUAAGUUAUCUGGCAUUAUUUUAACUCUCUUAUCGAUACGAACGCAUAGGCAACCGGAUCGUUUAAACUUCUAAAUUCUUACUCUCGUAUUGCUUAUGGGUUCGUCGAGGAUUAAUUAACUGUAAGAUAAAUAAGAACCGGAUAUUUGUAAAGGCCCUUGCACGUGCACUGUCGGAUGAUUAAAGAAAUGAUAUCUCGUCAACUGAAUCCUCAAAGAUUCAAACGGAACGGUUCUAAAACAAAAUCUGCUAUUAUCAACACGACGGCGACAGGAUGUCGCGCCUAAAGAAAUACAAUACGAAAUUAAUCCGCGUAAUAUCCGGACUGCGUGUCGGAAGAUCAGGUGAACCAUAGCUAGGCAUUUAACAUAAACAGUUCGUAAGAUAUAUCCAUUUCACGUUGGCGACGAGAUGUCGCGCCCAAGAAAUAAUUAAGAUUGAUAAACCGGCGAGAUAUUUGGUAGUGAAAGCGAUCCUAGCCGAAAAGUAUCCCGGAUCAAAUGAUCGACGAAAUCCUAGACGAGAUAUCUCCGAUAAACAUCCGCACACGUGCAAACGGUCUCACGCGCCUUAUCAGCGACCCCCGAAACUCGGUUCCCGCCAAGCCGCCGAAUCACUCCCACUCUUACCGACUCUUGCGCUUCGCGCGUGUUCCCUACUCCGGAGCGCUAGCGGCCGCUGAGCGCAGCGCCGAUUUUGCUCGAUCCCUUUGUCCGCGCCCUAUUUAAACCCGCGCACAGACGCCGGAUCAUUCAUUCAUUCAUUCUCUCAUUAUUUUUCGACACUCGUUCAGUACUAAUUCAGCGAUUAAGUCAGUCAUUAGUUCUCGGUCACGCGUCACUCUUCAAUCUUCAAGUUAUCUGCAACCUCUCUCGUACAGCUUCGCGAUCAACUCAUUGUUAAUUAAGUUAACCAGUGCGUGCUCCGACAGACUGCUAUCACCAACAUAUCUCUGCGACCAUCUUCAACCGUCAACCUACAUCAACCAUCUAAUUAUUAGUGGACCAAACUAUCGCUUCAAACUAUAUUAUAACUCGUGAGUACUAAUUAAUUAUUGUUUACUUUCGCUCCCUAGAAUAUUUUCCGAAAUUGAACUGUGCCAUAUUAUAAAGAAUCCUUUCGAUAAGGAUUAAUUGUCGACUUCAUUUUCCAAAUAAUUAUAAACAACUCCUCUAGGUACAACCCUCUCCCCUCCCUUGUGCCGCGAUGAAUUCUACAACACCUAAAACCAUCAAGAAGAAUCGCCACCGCGCUGGGAAAAAGAAAAGAGCAAAAAUCCUCAAGGCUCAACAAAAAGCCCUAGAGCGGGCUUUCGAGGAGAUUGAGAAUUUCGUGGGCUACCCGCUGGAACACACCCCCCUUCCUCCUCCAGUCACAGACGCUCCGCCAGGAAGAGCAAUCUCUUCCCUUGAUCUGUUCCAAGAAGACACCGUCCCUUUGGAAAACUAUAAUCAGUUAACGUCUAACGCGCCCGAAAUAAUCACGCUUAGCGAUUCCGAUCACGAUUCUCCGGAGUUGGAACCUUUAGAUCCAACUGCGGAAUACCAUAGCGAUGCAGUAGCACAGAUUAUUAUAUUUCCGCCAGAAAAUUAAGUAAUACAUGUAAUAAUCCUAUACGUUGUUUUAUUAAUAAAUAUAUACAUAUAUACAUAUAUCCAAAUUUCUUAAUCUUAACUACAUCAAGGUCAUACUAACCAAAUCCCACAAGAUUUUCCAUCGGCAACAAGCUCUCGCCAUACCCGGGUAGAGUUCGUGUAAGCGGGCUGCCCGAAAUUCGAAAGGAGAGCCCCCGCGUCGGUCAGGCGACCGAGGCGUCGCGACGCACACAUUGAGAAGAAAUAUCCCUAGACCCGGACGUUACAGUAGUGGUCUUAAUUUUGGUGGCAGCGGUGGGAUAUGAAAUUUGGAAGUUGCCUGUGAAAACCGAGUAAAGACACUUUUAUUGAAUAUCUUUCACACAAAUCCCUUUAAUAAAUUCAUUUUUCUUUACACCUUUAAAAAAUGGCUCAUAACACACGAUCACAAAGCUCCCGUGCUUCCUCUGAAUCCGGAGAACUCUCCCAAGU